GGCCGAAUGGACCACCGCAAGGGGGUUGGGGACCAGGCGGACCACCAGCACCAGAUGUUUGGGGGCCUGGUGGACCCCCUCCAGGAGGUUGGGGACCAGGCAGACCACCACCAGGGGGGUGGGUGCCUGGGGGACCUCCACCAUCAGGUGGCUGGGGACCGGGUGGGCCGCCACCAGAUGGAUUCUACGGUGUUCCCGAUCCAAAUUAUGUUGGUAAUCCAAUGGCUGGUAAUCCUCAAAUUCCCCCAAUGGGUUAUGGACCCAUGUCAGGCCCACCAGAUCCUCAAGGAUUUGCACCAAUGCCUAUGAUGCCAGGCUAUGGACCAGUGGGUGAAUAUGGUGCAGUGGCCAAUUAUGCCACUAUCCCUCCUCCGACAUGGCCAACUGAGGCCAGCACUUGUGUUCCAUCAAACCAAGAAGUAAUUGUCAACCCUACCCCAGACCAGCCAGCAUGGAUUAAAGCCUUGAUAUCUGGCCCGGAAAGCACUGAGAAAACCACUGAGUCCAAAUCUGCGAAAGAGUCAAACCAGCCCAAGGAUGAGUCCAAGCAGCCCAAGGAUGAGUCCAAGGCCAGCACAAAGAAGGCUAAACCACAAGGACUACUUGGGACAAGAACCUUUGACAAGCCUCCUCCUGGAAGAUCCACAGGGAUAAUUUCAUUCAUUGGGCCAAGCUACGGUUUUAUUGAAAGAGAGGACCUAAAGAAAUUCACCUUUAGCUUUGAUGCUUUUUUUGGGAGUCGAAAAGCAUUGGCACCAGGUGUCAGAGUUCACUUUACAGCAUGCAAAGAGAUGUCUAAUGAGAUUGCCACUGAUGUGAAAGUGGCCCCGGGUGGAACUGAGAAUGUUGACACUGAGAUAUACGAAGGAGUUGUCAUCGAAAGUUAUACUGAAGCGCAGAUUGGUGUAAGGCAGAAACCCGGAUAUAUAGAAGUCAAUGUUGGUCCUGAGAAAUCCAAGUUGCCUUACGAGAAACGGGACUGCACGGUCACUCUGUUGGCAGGGGACCAUGUUCUGAUCAAUCUGUUAAACGACAUAGUUACCCAGAACAAGAGAGCCACCAACAUCAAGCCAAAGAUCCCUGCCACGUUUAAACAUACAGAGGAGAAAAGAGAAAAGGGUGCUAUCUUGAACAUAAAGGACACAGAAGGUAUUAUUGUGUCAGAGGACCACCCUAACCUGCCCUUUGACCUGACUGAAAACCUGGGUGAUACAGAGUUCAGCCCCACAGAUGAAGUGGAGUUCACUGUCACCUCAUUUAAGGAGAAAAAGAAGGCUAUUCGAGUCAGAAAGCUAAAAGGAGGAUCCGUGAAAUUAGAUUCUGAGACCCAAAGUGUGCUGGAGGAGGUCAAGGAAAAAGAGGAAAUCAAGAAGAAAGAAGAGGUUGCUCUAGCCAAAGACAAGUGGAAGCCAGUAAGCUCGGAGUUGCCACCUGUGAUGACAGAGGUUGUGGAGGACAUCAGUAAGGAACAGUAUGAGGGAACAGUCCUUAAAGCUAUCCUCAAGAAUACUCAGCAGCUGCCAGCAGAGGGACAAGAGUCUGAGAAGGGCAGGUUGGUGAUGACACUGGCAGGUGAACAGAAGCAGUUAACGUUCGAGGCACAAGACAUUCGGACCGCCGCCACCAUGUUGGACGGCGAUAAGAUCAAGUUCAACAUCUCGACCCACAGAGAAACCAAGAAAGAGCGGGCCGUCAACAUAAAUAUUUCCCCAGAAACAUUUGCGGAAUCAACUGAACAACGUCGAACGGGUAUGGUGGUGGAGAUCGAGGACCUGUCUGGGGUCAUUAAAUGCCAGCAAAACCCUCAGCUUUUUUUCCACAUGACUGAAGUGAUGGAGUUUAAAAAACUGGAGCUCAACGAAAAGGUGGAGUUCAGCGUCAUUCCACAUGAAACGGCGGAAGGUGGGAGUCAGGCAAUCAGGAUCAAACGUCUGACUGAAAGAGUCUUCCUCCCUGUGCCCAAGCUAGGGGGAGUAGGAACCCAAAAAAUAAAGAAGCAAAUGACUAUCAAGCUGAUGAAGGAUUCUACCACCAAUCUCGAUGACAAGGGUAAACCAGAGGACAUGAAAACAAAACUUCCAACCGAGUCCGACAAAAUGAAAGCCGUUGUCAAAACCCUGAGGUCAAAGGACAACAAGCCCAGCACGGGACGUAAAGACAGCGACAGCAGCCGGCGGCGAAACCAGCACAGCAAGAGCCGCAGCAGGAGUCCCGUUAAAGACGCGUUCGGCCGCCACAAGAGAGCGCCGAGCUUGAGCCGGGAGCAAGAUAGACACAGCAGGCCCAGGCGCAGUCGGAGCAGGGAGAGGUCGCGCAGACGUAGCCGCAGUCGCAGCAGGAGCCGGAGCAGAAGCCGGAGCAGGGAGAGAAGGGUCUCCAAGGGACGCAGUAGCAGGGAGUAUGAGGGCAGCGGUCAGAGGAGGAGCCGGGACUCCAGCCUGCCUCCAGGGGAACCCAGGCACGGCGGGGGAGUGGACCAUGAGCUCGCCAGGAAGAAAAGGGAGCUUGAGGAACUCAAUGAUAUGAUCGCUCGCCGUAAAGCCAUGGUGACCAUGCCGCCGAGGGGAGGCAUCAUGGAUAUGAGGCCAAUGGAAAAGACCUGCAUAGACUACGACCAUGGCAGGAUCGCUGUCCCAAUCACAGAAUUCAAGCCAGUGAAAUCCAUUCUGAAGAAACGCACUGAAAGUGUUUCUGGGCCUUUGUUCCCAAUUAAGAAUGAACCCCCUGAUCAUGACCAGUACCAAUACAACCCACCUACACUUGACCAUAUUCAGUCAUUUGAUUCACCAGAGCAAAGCCAUCUUUUGUAUCCCCAGAGAUCCAGUAAAAUGUCAUAUUAUGACGAUUCCCCAUAUGAACAAAGUCAACAAACUUCGGCACAGGAUCAUUUUUAUCAAAACCAGUCUCUUCAAGAACAUUUUGCUCCUGUCAACACACACUCUACUUAUCAGUUUCCCCCAAGUCAACCUAAUCCCAGUCAACCCCCUCCAAAUCAACUGUCACCUCAGCAAACUCCACCUAGCCCAUCUCCUCCAUGCCAAUCUCCCCCUGGUCAGCCUUCCUCCAAACAGAAUCCACAAAGCCUCCUUUCCAGCCAGUCCACCCUCCAUCCAAUUAUCCCUAAACAACCUUCCCCUGGCCCGUCUUCAUCCAGUAAACGUAAUUCCUCUCCUCCCAGCCAAAAGUCAUCCCCUGAAGAAAAACGUAACUUGACCACCCAGAUCAGCAGAUUUCUUAACAUCCUUAACAAAGGCGUGGACGCCAGUCUUUUCUCGACAAUAGUUCCGGAUGCUCAAGAUGGGAUUUCAGUGUUGGCAGAGAACACCCAGGUAGUGCCACAGAGCCACCCUGAGCUAAAUACUGACAAAUACGACCCUUACAGUGUGAAAGAGGCAGACCCCGAGAAGACAUUCAGUUUCAGCCGUGACGUAUUAAAAACUCCUGAUGAACACGAUAGCUGCAAAACUACUGACCACAGUCAGGAUGAUCUGUUGCCGCAUGAGAGAGCUAUCCAAGAUGGUAGUGGAUUUUCUCGAAUACUGAGCAUGGCGCAGGAGAAAUAUUCUCCCAGUGCCUACCAGAAAGCAACCGACAUGGAUGAAGACAAGUUCCUCUACCAUGGUAAGGCCUCUGCAGCUGAUGGUGAACACUACAAAAGGUCCUCUGGGUCAAGAGAAAGGCAGAAACCAGUGAGGGAAGGCAAGAAAUUGAGUCCAACGAGACAAACCAGGGAGGGUAGUACCAGCAAAUCUGAGCAUUUUGACAAGAUCCAGAGCCUUCUCCGCACCAUCGGCCUGAAUCUUGACACAGGAGAGGUCUCCAAGCUGGCAGACAGGACCCAGGAGAGACUCUAUGGCCGAACAGAGAAAUCGUCUUCAGAGCGCUCAGAUAGAGAGCGGGAACACUCGUCAUCGAGGAGAGAUGAUCAACAUCGGAGUCGAACACGCUCCGCUGACUCUGAAAAUCUCCGGUCCAUCUCCCCUGCAAGGUUUUCCAGUCGGAAACCAUACUCCAGCUACGAGCCUACAUCCGAAUAUAGUGGGUUCCUUGACCAGAAAGAAGAGGAAGCCUUGGAGAAGGCUAGACAGAUGCAGAGCCUCACCAAGACUGUGAGGAACGCACCCGAACAGACGAUGCCCAUCACCCCUCCCUCUAACCCCACCCCUGUCACGUCUUCAUCGUCACUGUACCCAGAUCAACUGCCUGGCUAUUCUUAUUCCACACCUGACUAUGGCUGGCACCAGGGGGCUAGCACACAGUAUCCCAUACCACCAACCUCUGCUGCUCCGUCCUCAUGUCAACAGGCACCUGGGUUGUACCAGCAAGCACAAUACUCUUCCUACGUUGGACACACAUCUAGCCUGCCUACCCAUUAUUAUGGGCAGCCUCCAGCAGGUCCUCCCCCCGUAUCUCCUUAUCCAUUACAUUCUUUAGCUCCCAUAGUUCAGUCUACUUCCCUUGCAAAACCUCAACAAGUAAAUACCUUGAUACAGGUUACGCCGUCGACUCCCACAAGUGAUGACUCCAAGCAGACGGUUGUAGUCACAUCCAUCUCUAGAUGCCUCAAGGUCAUUGAAACUGUCAAAACCAAGACUGUACAGAAAGAGUUGCCUAAACCAGGGAAGGUGGUCCAGUUCAAUUUGCAGUCUUCCGAGGCAGCACAGCCGCAUGCUGGAUCAACCGUGGGUAAACAAGCCUCGUCGGGAACAGAGGAUGAUAUCGAGGCCAAACAAAAAAAACGGCUGGAACAAUUUAACCAGAGGAUGAUGGAGAAGAGUAAGCAACAAUUUACCCAGAGGAUGAUUGAUAGGCAGCAAAUGAAGGAUGUGCGGGCUCGAACCAAAAAUCUGAACAACCCACCAGGCAAAGUUAUCAGCACCGAGCCUAAGAACAUAUGGAUUUGUGGUCACUCCCUUAUUUAUUGGGCAGAGAUGAGGGCCAAGUCACCCGAGGUAGGUAUGCAGCUGGGCAUGGACCCCAGCAGUGUGGUUGUGUGGUGGAAGGGCAUGCAGGGCAUGACAUGGCCACAGCUCCUGCCCCAGUUGCUCCAGCUGAAGAUCAAGUGGCCUAACCCAGAUGUGAUCAUCAUGCACCUGGGUGGCAAUGAUCUGGGCACCGAUAGCCCUACUGACCUUCUAGCCUCUGUGAAAAAAGACCUGACCUCCAUGAGAAGUAUUUUCCCACAAUGCCUGUUGGUCUGGUCAGAUAUCCUGCCCCGGAGGGUCUGGAGGCACUCCGACGAUAGUCUUGAAGUGGACCUGGUCAGAGCCACCGUCAACCGCAGGGUUCACAGCAUUAUAGCUGAGCUAGGUGGCACUGCUCUUACCCAUGACAACAUCAGGUGUGGUACUGAUACAGGCCUGUACAGGCCUGAUGGAGUUCAUUUGUCUGGGAAAGGUAUUGAUACCUACAACCUGAACCUGCAGGACUUUCUGGAGAAGUGGGAGAUGGAGGCAAAUAAUGAGCUAGCUAAAAUGUACGGAGGUCGGCCUCCACCUCGAGAUGAAUAUCCUCCGUACAAAGGCCAUGGUCCCUCGCCCCGAGGUUCGCAUACUGGACCCGGGCGGCCCUAUACUCGGCCCAUUACAAGGGAUGAUAGAGGUAGGCCACGGGCUCCGGUACAUCACGGAUACCAAGACCAUGGAUCUGCCGACACAUACAGACGUUCUCCGCCACGCAGGAGGUACGCUUCCCCGGAUCCAGGAAGUGAUAGACGACCAGGCGGUGAAUAUUGGGGCAGCGUUCCUCCUAGAGAAAGAUCCCCAUCACCUCCCCGUGGUAGGAUCCCCAUAGACCACAGUCUGGUGAUUACGGUGGGCAAUGAGCGGACCGGACCUGGAACUGUGCCCCCUCGGAAUUCCAUACCUUAUGAUAGAGAUUACACACCAAGACCUGCUUAUGAUGGGCCUGAUGACCAUGGACAAAGAAGGCGAAGUCCAAGCAGAGGGAGAAGCCGACCGCAAAGUCGCAGUCCAGUGGCUGGGCGGAGCAAGAGUCGUCCUCGAAGUCACAGUGGGAGCCCUAAUAGAAGCAGGGCAAGAAGCCGAGCGAGGAGCAAGAGCCGUCCUCGCAGUCACAGCGGGAGCCCUAAUAGAAGCAGGGCAAGAAGCCGAGCGAGGAGCAAGAGUCGUCCUCGCAGUCACAGCCGCAGUCGCAGCCCUGACCGUAGCAGGGCCAGGAGCCGUGCAAGGAGCAUGAGCCGGCCUCAGUCCAGGUCCAGGAGCAGGAGUCUGGAAAAGAGCCGAGGACGUAGUGUGAGCCGAGCCCAGAGUACGAGCCGGGCCCAGAGCAGAGGGAGAAGUGUGGGCAGGAAAAGGAGUAGCAGUCGCAGUGUCAGUACCAGUAGCACCAGCAGUAGUCGGAGUUCCAGUGUAGCCAAGAAGCCUGACGAGUUCAAGGAGCUGGAUAUGGCACGACGCCGUAAGGAGUUAGAGGCUUUGCUCAACAGGCCCACCAAAUCCAUACUGAAGAAACGUGUUGACUCGGAGGACUCCCCUGUAUCAGUGCAGAAUAUCGAGUCUCCUAGAGUCCCUUUAGAUGCGACUAUGUCCAGAGAGGCAGAACGCUUCCUGACUGCAGUUAAAGGCAUGGAACCCAGCAUGUUAGCCUCUAUGUUGGGAGAGUUGAGAGAUGAUCCUCACAUGGUCCAGAGUGCUAGUCUUAACCCUGCACUCUCCGGGAUCCUUGGCCUCCUGGAAGGAGUUGCUGGACAGCAGGAUGGUAAAAAGAACACCGACAUUGAAGAUGAGGAGAAAUUCCUAUAUGGAGAUGAGGAUGAUUCAACAGAGAGAUCCAGACCUCAAAUAGAAGCUCCCCAACAGUCGGAGAUCUAUGGUGAUACAGAGAAUGCACUCUAUGAGGAUCCUGCAUCCCAUCAUGAUGUGUUGAAAAAAGAAUACUGUGCCCCGGGAGUGGCCCAACCACAACUACUGGGCCAGGCUGCUAGUGGAGAACAUGCGUCCCGCGGCCAUCAACAACAGCAGGUGGAUAUGAGGUACCACAGCAGAUCUUCUAUCACCCCAGACCAAAACAUCAGGAUUGAAGUUCCUAACCUUGGCUACCCACCAGGGACAGGCCCACUUGAAGAGAAUGAGAGACAUGAAGUGGAGGAGUAUGAGAAGAUCCAGGACUUGCUCAAAACCAUUGGAUUGGACCUUGGUGUGACUGAGAUCAGCAAAAUGGCUGCCAGGACUCAGGAACGCCUGCAUGGAAAGAAGCCCCCACCAAAGACCCCCACCCGCCGCCCGGAGAAGAGACGCCAUCAUGAUUCUUCAGACAGUUCAGACAGUGGCGGGUAUCAUCGUAGGCGCAAGACCCAUAGUCGGAGUGGGAGUUCUAGCAGCAGCAGUCGAAGCCGAAGCCUGAGCAGUGACUCCGGAUCUAAGAGGCGGAAGAAGCCGCCCCCAUCUAACAGGGGGCGUGGCCAUGGAAAGGCUCAAAGCUCCAAAGAGAAAUCUGUGUCUGAAUCAGUGACCCAGUCUACUGAUCCAAAAGCAAUGAUGGCUCACCCAGCUCACGCCAUGUCUGCCUACCCACAAGCCCAGCCACAUGGUCUGAUCGCUCCAAACUAUCCACCCCCUGGAUAUGGUCAGUACGGGAACUACAUGCCUUACAUGCCUCAACAGUGGCCACUGUACCCCCCUCCAUCCAUGAGUAUUCCACCUCAGUCUCCGAAUGAAGACGUCUUGAGUGCCCCGCCAUUUGACAGGACAUACCUUCAAUCUGUCCAGACCUCAGACUCUGAUAUAAAAGGAAAUGGAAAGGGAAGCUAUGGAGCAGGCAGCAGCCAUGAGCGGAGAGGUUCAGAAGAGAAAAACAACGAAAGUCAGAAACAAAAGGUGCUAGAGGAACGGGAAAAACUGAGACAAGAAAGAGACAUCCGCAUGAAAAAGAAAGAGUAUCUCAUGAAGGAACUGGAAAGACUUAGAAAACAGCAAGGUGAGCUUCUUCGAAAAAAGCGCCGCGAGAAAGAUGGCCACAAAGACCCAUUAUUGACAGAGAUCAGUCGCCUGCAGGAGGAGGUCAUUUCCCAGAUCUCUGUUUUACGCAAAGAACACGAGGCAGCCGAGAAGAAGCGCUCUGAAAUUGAUAAGGUGGCUGUCAUUUUGGGACUGAGUGCAUCUGACAAGCCACAGAAAGCGAGCAGGGCCGCUGGGAAUCUUGAACAACCAGUAACUGCAGAGAAGAAGGAGCCAGUUGGUAUCCCAGAGAAGUCCACCUCCUCUAAGAUGACAUCGUCCUCAAGAGCACUUCCAGACAAACAGAAGCAGAAUUCCAGCGCUCCACCAUCAGUGAUCCCCGACAGCCUAUUUGAAUACUAUGACGCGGGAAACCAUUGGUGUCAACACUGUAAUGUCACCUCUGGUUCCAUGUUCGAUUUUUUCACACAUUUGCAUAGCAAAUUGCACAGAAAGACACUGGAUCCAUAUAGCAGACCAUGGGCAUCAAGUUCUACAAAAAAUGAGAAGAAUGACUCUUCGGGAGAGAAAAUGGUUAAGCCUGCUAAAGGGUCUGAAUUAUUGCUGCCCGUGAGGGGAUUUUUCUGCCAGCUAUGUGAGGAGUUCUAUGGCGAUGCAAUUUGUGCAGAGGAGCAUGUCACCAGCCAUAUGCAUAAUGAGAAAUACAAGAAUCAAAUGUACGAGAAUCCACUCUAUGAACAGAGAAGGAACCUGGACCGCCAGGCUGGACUUAAUCUGGAAGGUGGAAAAAAGCUCAAAUUGAAACAUGAGCAACAGAACAGAGACAGUGCAGAGAAAGAAGAAAAACCCAAACACAACAAAAAAAAGGAUGAGGAGAAAUCUAAACCCAAGAAAAAGGAGGAAAAGAAGGACGAUGAAAGGCCCAAUAUUGCCAAGAAAGAGGAGGAGAAACCUUUUUAUAAUAAGAAAGAGGAGGACGAUAAAAACAAGUGCUUCCCGAAGGAGGAGUCGGACAGAUACAAGUAUAGCAAGGAGAUGGAAGAGAGGUCUAAGCACAGUAAGAGAGAAGAGGAGUAUAGAUACAAAUAUGGAAAGGAGGAGGAGCGAUACCCAUAUCGCAGGGAGGAGGACAACCUGUACAAACAUCACAGAGAGGAAGAUGAGAGAUCUAGAUGCGGUAGGGGAGACGAGAGGCCCAAACACAGCUGGAGGGACAAUGACAGCGAGGAAAGGGUUAGAUACAAUAGGGGGAAAGAGUCCAGGUCAAAAUAUGAUAGGAAGGAGGAGGAGAAGUAUAGAUUUGGAAAAGAGAAAGGGAAACCCAACGAGGAUGGACUGUCUAAAAAAGACAAGGCUGGGCAUUCAAAGGAAGAUACGUCAGGAUCUAAAAAGCAGUCGGAGAAACCUGCGGAGAAGCUAAGUGAGCCUCCCAAAAUAAUCUGCGGGCCGAGUCCAGCAAUGAGGGCGAAAUUGCGCAAGAAAAGCGAAGAAGCCACCAAAGGAGUGCCAGCAGCCCCAGUGGCUUUUGGGAAGUUCAGUUGGAAGAAAAAAGAAAGCGAACUUGCAAAAGAAGCUGAGAGAGUGGCGGCAGAGUUCUUAAAAGACGAGGAAGCCAAGGAAGCAGAAAGGCAAGACGGAGAUGAGGAUCCUUACUCAAAGUCUGUGGCGAUAGCCAAGAGUAUUGCCGUCAAGCUUUCAGGCACUGCUGUUAUCCCUAAUACCUGGGUACCAUACCAAUCUAACCGUGGCAGGAUACGUCCUAACCUUCCGGCCCCCUCAAUGGUCCUGAGGAAGUCAGUUGGGGAGUUCAACAAGCCUGCACCUCUAAAUGCUUUCCUCUCCAUCAGGCCACCCAGUGCUGGUACAGUGCCCCCAAUGAAAGUUAUAGAGAACCAGCCUCCAAUUGAUCCCAUGCUACCCCAAGAUAUAAUCUCCAAAGCCUUUGGUGGUCAGGAGGUGGUUUUGAACCAGCCAGAUAACUUUGUUAGUCCCAUUCUUUCCGUUCCCCCGAAAGUUAUGGACACAAAAGAUGAACCUUCCACAACUAUGUCUAUGCUGAUGACGAUGGAGUCUGAUGUAGGUGCACCGGGUGUGCCAGAGUGUGAGCAGAACCGUGCAGUGCUUGUCCAGCCCCCUCCUCUCAUGGCCAAAUACCAACCAGAAGUCCAGAAAUCAGACAAACCUAAGUCCAACCUUGCAGCAGCAAAAGCUCAAGAUUUGUUUGACAUAUUCUACAGCAGCAGUGUCCCAUCCCACACCAGUACGGUCACAAAAUUAUCUGUCUCUAAAAAUAAGGAACCCUUGGAAUCUGUAACCCUUAAAGCCCAGCCUCAAUCUAAACUUCCAACAGAACCCCAGUCUUCCCCACUACCCAAAACUGAGCCCCAGUCUACCCCUUUAUCCCAAAUCGAGCCCCAGUCUGAACUUCAAUCUGAACCUGAACCCAUGUGUGAACUCCAGUUUCAUCCUCUGCCCCAACCUGAACUUCAGCUUCAACCUGAACUUCAGCUUCAACCUGAACCACAAGCCCAACUACAUCCAGCUCACGAAAACUGUACUAGUGCUGAAAUGGACAUUCCAGACCCAAAGGAGUGUGAAGUUGCUAAUGAUGAUCCCUCUGCCGAGCCCAUGGAAAUCACAACAGAAGCACUGGGUCUCCCAGCUGAUGUCCUUACAUUAGACUUUGAUUACAACUUUUCCUUUGAAUGAAAUCUGCUAGUGGUCCAUCAUGGAGAAGGCCCUUUCAUGUAGUCGUCAAAUGGUGUGCUAUAGAGGAGGACAAGAGUUAUCUCCCACACCUGCUGCAAAACCUAUAAUGGUGGAGUUGCAGGCAGCUGAACAGUAAAUGGAUAUGAAUGUGAAAUUUCCAUUUAGAGAACUUAGAAUUCGUUUUGCAAGCCUUUGGUUUUGGGAAAUUGAUUACCCUCUUGUUCAUCAAAGUUGUUCUUUACUUCUUUAAGGUAAUGUACUGUAUAAAGUUGUGUUGUGUUAUAUUUUAGUUCAGAUAUAUACGUAUUCUUAAUCUUUCCUCCUCACUGGAUAAUUGAAAGGUGUUUUAAAACAGGAAACAGUGCUCAAGAUUAUGAAGACAUACCAGCAUGGUGGUUCUUCAUGGACCAAAAGAUUUCUCUGAAGAGUAUUUCUUUUUCAACUUCAUUAGAAUAACUAUCACUCUUUACAGCACCAUCCUGACAAGAAGAUGUGAAAUAGUGUUCCUAAACAUAAAUGUUCCUUUAUUUUUUUUUUUACACAUCUUUGUUUAAUUUUAGCCUUUUGUAUCCUGAACAUCCGUAUAUAAAAAUGUCAUCAUGUAACCACAAUUGAAGUAGUUUAAAUAAAAGCAUCUGUCCACA